AUGGAUUCUUCUCAGCAAAGAAAAUUCAGUGUUCUUAUGUUUCCAUGGUUAGCUCAUGGGCACAUAUCUCCCUACCUAGAGCUAGCAAAGAAGCUGACCAACAGAAAUUUUCACAUCUAUUUUUGUUCCACACCUGUAAAUCUCAGAUCCAUCAAGCCAAAACUCUCUGAAAAAUACUCUCGUUGCAUUGAACUUGUGCAACUACAUCUUCCAUACGAGGACUUGCCUGAACUCCCACCUCAUUACCACACUACCAAUGGCCUCCCACCCCACCUCAUGUCCACUCUCAAAACCGCCUUCGACAUGGCCAGCCCUAACUUCUCCAACAUCCUCAAAACCCUAAACCCGGAUUUGCUAAUUUAUGAUUUUCUUCAACCAUGGGCACCCUCUCUAGCUUUGUUACAAAACAUUCCAGCCAUCGAGUUCUUCACAACCAGUGCUGCCAUGAUGUCAUAA